UUGAACAUUGAACAAACUUUAUGGCACAGCAAAUCAGUGGAUGAAUGGAUACAGAGUAUGAUGAAGCUUGCAGUGUGUUUUACGUAAUAUGUGCUUACAUUUGUAACCAUAGCACGCGAAAGUGGCACUACCUACAUACUACGAGAUGGUCUUCAUUCUUUUAGCAGUGUUGAUGAUCGGCUUGCCUUUUGAAGGCUAUUGUAUGCAGAAUUUGAUGUGCGUGUCAUCGACUUCGACAUCGGCACCACUUGACAUUUUGGAAGAUAGCCAUUAUAACAACUAUGGUCAACCCUACGUGCCCUGGUGGUCAAUGUUUCGUAUUCCAUGUAAGAAUUCCUAUCGAAGUCCAUUACUGGACAGCUGGACCAGGCUCAACGUUACCAAGCUGAAAAUGAGUGUUGUCAACAACUUCAAUCAGGUGUUUUAUUAUGAAGAGUUUGACAUGGACGGUCUUAAUAUCUCCGAAAUAUUCAUGAAUCUGACCACGUACAACCACUCGUUCCACUUGACAGGCGAGAAUGGCAUGGAUUUCGUGAUCGCCGAUCUUCAUGAUUCAAGAAAUAUAAAAUUUGGCAUAUUGCCAGAACCUGAACCAGGAAAUAGACUGAUGCUGGAUCUCACAGAUGAUUACUUUAGAAUACCAAACGCAUCAGAUUUCCAGGAAUGCGUGUACUACCCCGCCAGUAAACCUAUUACUUACACGACGACUUUGAAUGUAUCUAAUCAGGAACAGUGUUUUUACGGAUGUUUACCGCCGACACGACGAAUCCGCAAUCCUGUACACCUUGGAUGGGAUGCCAGGUCAUGUAUGUCAAUGUUUCGAUGGAGCCUUGUCCACUUACGGAUAUGAAGUGUCUGACAGCAAGCAAUGUGGGAAAGAUUGUACGGGAGACACUUCACAGAAGUGUGGAAAUGGAACUCAUGUGAUCCUCAUCAAUACAUACGAUGCUAUAGAUAACGGGUUCUGGACCGAGGAGGCAAAGUCUACUGUGAUCAGCGUCGUUAUACCUAUGUCGGGAGAGAUUACGGUAACAAUUCGCCUACCUGUGCUCGACUCU